AUGGUGGUCGCUCGUGAGGCGAUGCCAAGAGCAGAUGAAGGAGCCGUGGUGCCCGCGCAUCUAUCUUACCUGGCUAUAUACAAUCCUACCUUGGGCACCACCGACGAGACAUUGGAGGAGCAGAUUGUGUUCUACACCUCGGUAUCGAGUGACUACCGACAUUCCCACGAUGUAACCGUUGAAAGACAAGAUAGUCACUUGCCUGAGAAUGAUAAAAAUGAAAUGCUACGCCAGAUCGGUCUGGCGCAGGGGAUGGUGAGCUUUGCCAAUAACUUUUCAUCUGGCAAACCCUUAGAAUGCAUCGAGACCGACAGGGCGCGUACUAUCGUCUUAGAACUGGAGAAGGACUGGUGGAUCGUCGCUGUCAGUUUCACUUCAAUAUGCCUCACUCGGUUACCGGCCCGUCCAAACCAAGCUUCGUCUAGCUCCGAUGCCGACGUUCCUUCGUUUCAAUAUUCAGCCAAAGAAAUGGGGCCUCCCCAAUUUCUCAUUCAACAGCUCCGUCGCGCACAUUCUAUUUUCUUGUUGCUGCAUGAUUUCUCAAUGGCCGAGCUCUACAAUCGCCUCGAGAAGUCCAGCUUCAAGCUCUUCUUAGAACAAUUCUGGCAGAAGUUCACAUGGAACUGGGAGCUCUUGCUGGCAGGAAACCCAAUAGUUGACAUGUACAAUGGCAUCAAACUCGCUGCCGGUGGCGAGCUAGGUAUAGGAGUCGGUGAGGAAGAAUGGGGCAGCGGAGAGAGAGAAGUACUCGAAGACUUUGUGAGCAGGACAGAGGGACUGGUGGAUGUGCUGGUCUCAAGAUUUGGAGAUCCACCUCACCAUACUGAUGAACCGCGGCUGAUCGCUCACAAUACUACUGGUGAUACCUGGCUCGGCUCAGAUAAAGCUCCGAGACCUUCAGACGGUGUCAUCUUCUCUGGUAUCGGCGCUAUAGACCGUCAUUCACUUGCUCGAGUUUCUCACUGGAUGGAAUGGGUCUACCGAUAUGGCGACACGGCAUACGGGAUAGGGCGAGAUCCUGCAUCAACACGCCAAAGGCGCCCACGGAAAAACAAGGCACGCCCCUCGAAGCAGCAUGUAACGCCAGAAAGAACAGGGUCGCCCGGCAUACCGCCACCCCUCAUCAUGGCCUUACCGCAGCCCAUUCCAGAAAUUGACAAGGGCAAUGACUCCGAGAGAGCGAAGACCACCUUGACCUGUGACGACCAGGAAACUGCGGAGCAAACAUCUGCAACAGACACGGUCAUUAAGUACCUCACAUUAGGGUAUGGAUCCGCGUGGAGCUUUUCCAAGAAACCUGACAAUCUAUCAUCGGCUGGCCCGCACUUUCCGGACACAUCUUUCUCAAAUCCCAAUGAGACUGCCAAUGGCAAGACCAGGCAGAAUGAGUCGCAGGGUAAUGCUAGUUCCUUGCAAGGCUCACAAACGCCACCGUCCGAACAGAUUUCAAGUAAGACAAAGCCCACGACCUGGGGUCGUUUUGUACUCGGGCCUCGCGAUGAUCUGGAUGACCUGGAUGGUAUUGAUGAAGGGAGCCCUGAGCCUGCCGCAGAGCGUCAAAAGUCUACUAGUCGAAUUAUCCAUCGAUCGGUGCAUAUCCGCUUGGGGCAUCUAAGUGACGGAGUAUCGAAGACGCUGCAAGCGGUGAUAUACGUGCAUCAACCAUUCAUGUUUACUUUCUUCUUUGAACCGGACACGCCGGCUUUAAUGUCACCUUCACUCUAUUCCAGCAUUCAUCAUCAACUGGGCCCUCUCCAGAAAUCUCUCAAUUCAUCGACAUCGCCUGCAAGCGCUGCCUCGCGCUUCUCUUCCCUCGAGACUGGUGCCAGGCCGUCUAAUGAGUCAUCGGCACCUGACCAACCUGUCUGCGAGAUCAUAUACGACUCAUCAAAUCUUACGAUCCGCUCCUCGAUUCCCAAUAUCCCUGAUUCUGGCGACCUGGAGGCUUUACCACAGACUUCUGCGGCGCUGAGGUCUCCAUCUUCGUCUCCGUCAGCAUCGCCUUCCAGAGUACCUACCCUACCGUCCCUAUCUCGCCUCGAAAGCUUGGCGAUUCAUGAGCGACUUCUCACCACGUACAUUGAGACACGCUCCAGGUCACAGGAGCUUGAGCGGACUUACAAAGUGAACCGAGGAUGGUGGAUUGUCUGGAUGCGUAUGCCUCACAGAAAGAAUGAUUUUGACCGGUCGAACCAAAUUUCAACCGCAUCCUCAUCCACCACGCCACCGGACCCAACCAACGACUCUCCCCUUCCACACUUGACAUCAGCGUAUUCUGAAAGUCAUCCAGAGCCUCAUGAGGCUUUCGUCAUCCGCAAAGCAAGUGAUCAUGUGUCGUCGCCAGGCCAUGCGCGAAUGAGCAGCGGUGCAAGAUUCUUCCGAGACCUCGGUGGCGUCUCGUCGUCCAAAUUGACAGCGUCGAGAGCUGAGAGCAAGCCUUCGAAUUUGGUAGAGGGGUUGGGCAUGGAUGCACGCCGUUACAUCGAAGGCUUGAUGUCCUUGAAUCGAUGA